GGCGUCAUAGGUGAUAGGUCAUAACACCGGUCCCAUCCUUCCUCUGCAAAUAAGUUGGGGAUGGCUGCGAAAAUUCUUUUAGCAGAAUCUGUUAAUUUUCUGCAAGUUUGUCGAUUUUCAUUUUUUAGUGCAAACCAUAUACCUGUAUGUACAAAGUGCAAAAAUGUAGUGACAUCAUCAUCAUCGUCAUCAAAGGGACUCCCCCCGAUUAGGCUUUGCUCCACAGCGAAAUCAUCAGCAUCCACCAGUGAUACCAAAGUAGUCUCAGGUGAACAAGAUGCUGCAUCUAAACUACCACCUGUCCAUGAUGUACGUGAGAAAUUCAUCCCCAUGUCAAGAAGGAACCUAGUCCGACAGCUUAUCCAAGAGGAAGAUUUUUUGAACGAUGACGAGAGGAAAAGAUUUGAAGCAUUUGCAGUUUCUCUUGAUAAUGCAAUUGUCAACCAAUACCAUAGCACAUUAUCAGAGUUGAAGUCGUUAUUUGAUCCUCUGAAUCCAGAUAAAGAUACCAUAUCAAGUCAACAAUUGUCCAAACAGGAGAAAAUGGACAGUGAGUUUUGGCUUCUACAAAAGCUUUCCUCUGUUAUGGAGAAGGCCAACUUCCAUGAACUUCCGAAGCAUCAGGUUGAUGAAGCUCUUGCAAUCCACGCUGCUGGAGAGGGUGUGAUGGUUAGUGUGGACACUAAGAACUAUGAUGUACUUAAAUUCUGGGCACUUGGUAAAGGGGCACCUACCAUAAGGACACCAUGGUAUACUAGGCUAGCAUCAGGCGCAUUCUACAAAGUCACCAAAAAAACACCACCAAAUCCAAUUAAGUACUAUAAGCGUGUUGUAGUUGCGGUGAGGACAAAGAAUUCGCAAACGCUCAUGCUGAAAAUGUUCAAAGAGGUUCCUGUCACAGCGCUUGAGCAACUGCUGCCCGAUGGUAAGAUUCAAAUGACGAAGCUUGAUCAAGGUAUACUUGCCACGAUGAUUGGCAUCGGCACGCUGAGCAUCCUGGUGAAAAGCGUUAGCUAUCUAGCUGAUUUGAAGCUACAAUGGACAUUAAUAGCUGCCUCAGUGACUGGACUUGUGGCGUUGAAUGCUUUUAACAGUUAUAAGAAUCGGCGGACGCGGUACAUGGUUCAACUGUCGCGGAUGUUGUAUUAUAAGAAUAUAGCUAACAACCGUGGACUCUUGACGUUGCUCGUUGACCGUGCCGAAGAUGAAGCGCUAAAAGAAGUACUUCUAGUGUACGCAUUUCUUUUAACUAGUAGAAAUUCUUCAACUGUUCUUUCAGAUGACAGCCUUUCAACAAGCAGUGCUUUAUCAGUAAUUGGUGGAUUGUCAGUGUCAGAACUGGAGCAUACCAUUGAAGCUUGGAUUAAAAAUAAAACUGGAGGCAACAUACGCUUUGAUAGCAACAGCGCCACCACGCUUCUUCAGAACUUUGGUAUAAUGGUCGAUGAUGACGACUGUCUUGGAGUUGUGCCCAUAGAUGCAGCUCUUUUGAGUCUGCCUAGGCAGCCCGUCUCAAUUCUUGAGCGGUCAAAGGAAUCGGAUUUAGAGGAAGGUUAUGAUAAAGUAUUCUUUGAGCAAGAUUCAAGUUACAAAUUUCAAGACAGAAAGCAGAAAAGGCAUGGGUGGAAAUGAUUGCAUAAACAAAUGGUAACACGUAGCUAAAACAGUACAAAAUAUAUUAACUUUAAAUGAAAAAACAUAGAAAAUUAAUAGAUAUUAAAUAGUUUACCUUCUCCACUCAUACUAGGUAAAGGUAAAGGUCAAACCUGAAGCUCUAGGCUUACAGGUCAGAUUGCCCGUCUCUCUAUCCUUGGCGUUUAGGCCACACUGCGCAAGUCUGUGGGGGUUUGACCACUCCUCCUGCACAGCAGUUAUACCUUCCCAACAUAUGCUGGUACCUAUUUAUACUCCUGGGUAAAGAGAGACAAACGUAGAUAAAGUUUCGGCCUAAGGACACAAGCGACUUGCACAGCGAGGGUUUCCAACCCCCCACUUCAAUGUUGAGAGUCCGAGCCACAACUGUUGCGCCAACCGCUUUUACUCAUCCUGGACACAAAUUUAAUCUAUGAAAAAAAUUGUAUUUCGACUAUCAGUCAAUAAAUGAUUAAUUAACGUCUAGUAUUUUAGUGUUAGUGGAUUUUUAUCUGGCAGGCUUGUUAUGUUUAAUAACCAGUACGCAACAUGAACUGACACCACCUGUCCACGAUGUUGCCAAUUUCAAGAGAUUGUUUAUUGUUAACCAUAGAGGGCAGCAUACUAUAAUUUAUACUGUGUCAAUAGACAACAACUCACCUCUUCUGAUUAAUACGUGUUCAAUUUUAUGUGGAGCCUUUUAUACACCUUGUUUGUCGAGCCUGUGUCCCAAGUACACAACAGUCUCUCUCAUAAACUCACACUUAGCUUUGUUAAACUUAAUAUCGUAUUGUUUUAGAUGAUUAAGAACUUUAUCUAAGUUAUCCAAGUGUUCUUGGUCAUUUCUACCCGUUAUUAAUAUAUCAGCUAGAUUCAGUACACUUGAACACCUUGGCCAGAUGGCUGGCACACUGGUUAUCCUAGAGGGUAGUCUAUUUUGAUGAAAUAGUCCAUUUUCUGUAAUUAUGGCGAGUACUGGCAACUGGCAGGAAUUGAACCCAGGACCCUGGGAUUGGAAGGCAAGCAUCUUAACCACCAAGCUAUUCAACUCCACUCCACUCAACUCCAUUCUUGUGAGACAAAACACACUGGUUUAUCUUCUUGUAGUAAUGUUGCACUUUCCCUAUAUUGGCUGCUGUCACACUAAAUUGCAACCUCCCUUUGCAAUUCGUAAUACACUAGCAGUGGUGCGGUAACUAUUAAUGAUUUAAGCUUAUUAAAUGCCGCACUAUGAUGUGGAAGCCAUUCAAAAUGGAUAUUCUUAUCAGUUAGCCUACAUAAUGGUUCAGCUACUUCUGAAAGCUUAGGCAGAAACCUAGAUAAGUAUGUAAUGUAACCCACGAAAACUUUUCUUGUCUUCAGGUGUGAGUGAUCAUUAAGUGCUUCAUCAUAUAUUUCACUGUUACCAUAGAUUACAAAAUCAUCAGCGACAACUUCAACGCCCUUUCAAAUUCUCAAUUACAUCAUGAGCAUGACAUUGCAUUUCAUCAGUCCAACAACUUAUCCCGUAUGGGAGACGAGUGUACCUGAAACGAUCAAACUCAGUACCAAAUGUAGUCAAGAUACUACUUUCUUCAAGUUCAAUUUGGGAAGGGAGGGUGUGGUGGACCGUGCAUUUCUUUACACUAGUAUGGGCUUCUUUUCAAGAUAGUACUUAACAUUCAGACUUAUGUUAUCUUUGAAUGAUUAUGAUAGCAUGUGGGUCAUCAAUAUUAUUUUAUUGCACUAGCGUGCUUAAAAUUUUAAAAAAUAUUAGAAUUUUGAAUUCCGUAGUUGGAAAAAUGUUGUGCAUUUCCAAAUAUUUACAGCAUUCAUUUUGGAAAGAAGCUCCCCUUGCAAAAGUAGUCUCAAAAAGAAGCCCACCCAAGGGUGCUAAAAAAAUGCACAGGGCUUCUAUUCGAGGUUUUACAGUAUACCUGUAGUUCGGAUGACUGAAAAUAUUAAACCACACUGAUCUAUUGUUCUGAUUUACCUUUACAAUUGAGGUACAGUAUAUAUAUUUUAUUCCUAGAUGUUAUUUUAAUUUAAUAAAAAAAUUGCCUUUUUAACCAGUUGAUGGUAUGUAUGACAGAAUGGAAACAUUGGUGCAAUGGUUAGCUCGGACUCCCAGUUUUGAGGUUGGGGGUUCAAAGCCGUUGCUGUGCAAGGUGCUUGUCUUAAAGCAAGAUGCAUUACCUACGUUUGUCCACAGAGCUUAAGAAUUUGACCUUUACUAUGCAGUCAGUGGUGGCACCAGGAUUUGCCUGUCGGCAGUCCGAGGUCCCCAAUGUGAGGCGGUGGCGGCCGAUGUGCCUAAUGAAAAGAGUAAGCCUGGUCGGGCGUCACUCAAAAUCUUUUGAAAGUGUUCCAGGGGUAGAAACCCCCAAAAAAUAAUACAGUUUAGGGGUUUCUAAUGCUUAUUUAUUCAAUUUGGGGUCUACUAAUAUGUAGAAAAUACAUAUACAUUUUUUUCUCCCUGACAAAUUGUUGUUUUUCUCCCCGAUGGAGGGGGAGCCCUGCCUCUGGCCCCUGCUGGCUCCACCCCUGUAUGCAGUAUGACAAAAGGUUGUUCCCCUUUUGCCAAGCCAGGUUUGGAAAGGGGCUGCCAUAUAGGCAUGUUCCCAGAGUGGCACAUAAUAAAAUAUAACAAACAUUUCAAAUUAAUUUUCAAAUUGUUAUUGGAUAAGAACCAGCCUCAGCUUUGUGCAGUUGUGGGAGGUACAAGCAUCAUUAUAUAAAUUACAAAAGAAUAGUGUAUCGGCUAGAUACUCAUCCCUGGUGCAUAUGGAGCUCCAUGAAAGACAAGGCUCUUCUCUAUGGCUGUGAACGUAUGGCUGUGAACAUGCUAAUUUAAAGAUUUUUUUUAAUGUUAGUUACUGAACAAAAAUAUUUCUAUCUGUGCAACAUAAUCUAAUUGCAUAAAAUGAUGUUUUAUGGUUUUAAAUACAUGCAAAAGAGAUAAGCCUGUGUCAAUUUAUAGUUGCAUUUGUUUUUUGCUUAAUUAUUAAAUUACUGAGAAGAUAAAGCAUUACUUGCAAAUAUA